AUGGCUGAACACCGCAACAACAAAUGGAACAACCUCCUUGGAUCCCUCAACGAAGGCUCAAACGCGUGGACACGCUUCUACAGGCUAAACCGGGCCCUCAUACGAAAACCUCUACCUUCCCGCCCUCUCAAGGAUGCAUCGGGCAACACCAUCUUUGACCCCAAGUCAAAAGCCGAUCUGCUGGCCGACUCCUUGGAAACUCAAUUUCGGUCCCCUCUUGGAAACGUCAUCACAGACUCUUUGGUCCACGAUAAACUGACACAUCAGCGAACUAUUCCGUCCACCUCCACUUCGUUCUUCUCUCCUGCAGAAGUCUGGAACGUUAUCAAAUCGCUCCCCAGUCGUCGCGCCCCUGGGCCUGAUGGCAUCAGCAACUGUGCGCUCAAAAACUGUGGACGCAAAACCAUAACAUAUUUAUGUCCAAUAUUCAACUGGUGCAAACGACUCAACUACUUCCCACUGCCGUGGAAACAUGCCACAGUCAUCACUAUUCCGAAGCCUGGCAAGGACUUAUCCAACCCUGUCAACCAUCGUCCAAUUUCUCUGCUUAACACGAUGUCAAAAGUCCUGGAGAAACUUUUGCUCAUCAGACUCAAAACCCAUACCUCCUCCAAAAUUCGACCCGAUCAACAUGGCUUCAGAACUUCUCACAGCACAUCAACUCAACUUCUAAGAGUCAUCGACGGCAUCUCCCUAAAUCUCAACCUAAGAAAAAAGACCGCAGAAAUUCUCCUCGAUGUAGAAAAGGCAUUUGACAAGGUUUGGCAUGACGGCCUCAUCAGCAAACUGAUCGACCUCGCUGUGCCCAACGACCUCAUUGCCAUCAUCAGUUCUUUUCUCACUGACAGAAGCUUCCAUAUUAAAAUCGAAGGAAAAAACUCCACGACUCGCAGAAUUCUAGCAGGUGUGCCUCAAGGCUCAUGUCUUGCUCCACACCUGUUCUGCCUAUAUAUCAAUGACAUGCCAGCUCACCCUAAAUGCCGUACGGCACUCUUUGCGGAUGACACUCUUUUUUAUGCCACCAGCAAUUCCAACGACGCUGCCACCAAACUACUACAACUUCAGCUCAACAUCACUGAAAAAUGGUUUCACGACUGGCGCAUCACGGUUAACCCUCUCAAAACAUCAGCGAUAAUGUUCUCUCAUAGAUCCACUGCCACUUCCAUCCAGCCUAAACUCAAAAAUAUAAGCAUUGAGUGGUCACACUCAAUGAAGUAUCUUGGCGUCCACGUGGAUAAAAAACUAAACUUUUCAAAACACGUCACCACCGCUAUCAACAAGGCAAAAUCUGUUAAACACUCACUAUACCCUUUACUAUCCAGCCCUAGUCUCACCAUCAACACCAAAUGCUUUAUAUACAAAACCUACAUCCGCCCCAUAGCCACAUAUGCCUCUCACAUCUGGGCCUCCAAUCUAUCAGCCAGCAGCUGGUCAAAGCUCGAAAGGCUUCAAUCAACCUCUCUCCGCCAAAUAUCUGACCAACCGUGGUUCGUCAACAACAAGGCAAUCCGUCACUCCACUAACAUUCUACCCAUCAUGGACCAUAUAAAUCAACUCACCAACUCCGUCAAAACUCAAAUCAUCAACUCUCCACACAACCAUAUCUCUGAAAUCAGCACAAGAAGACCUACCUCCCAACUUUUCACAAAACGUCCAAUUAACUUCUAA